GUGGCAACGCAUGUCGUCACACAGGAACCAAAGGAGGCGGUCAAACAAGAUGGCGUUCCGCGAUGAAGCAGGAAAUAUACUCGGUUUUCAGUAAAUCUCCUCAUCUGAGAGCGUUGACCGCAGCUUGUAUGUCCAAGGACAAGUGAGAGACCUAUUCGGAGACUGAAGACAGAGCAGAUACUGUUACUCUAAAUGGCUGCGAGGAAGUCUGGAUCAGAUACCCACAACAACGGACCCGUCAGCUACCUUGAUGAUGUUCCUUUCAAGCUCAAUGAGAAAUUCCGUCGUCCCUCAAAAGUGGGUCUUCCCAUUGGCUUCUGUUUGUCUGAUUGUAAUUCCAUUCUUUCAGAUCUGCAAUAUGACUUUAGUCUAGAGAGGCGGAGCGUACAGUGGGGGGAAGACCUCGCCAAAGCGCGAGCCGCCGAAGCCCGAGCAGCGGAAGCCGCCAGGGCGGACUCCGAAAAUGAGGCUGCUGCUCAGGAUGCAGAUGUCGGAUUGGUUGGUGGAAAGAAAGCGCGCCCCUCUGAUGAGCAGGAUGUUGUCCCACCAGCAUUAAACCCGGUUUUAGCUGGCCUACGGCACAACGCAAUCCUCAUGCCUCUCCCAGCCCCAUCUUUCGGACCGGCACGACCAGCACCAAUCAACCCUGCACCGCAGAGUCUAAACUUAGCUGAUUUUGAGCGGGAGGAGGACCCUUUUGACAAACUUGAGUUGAAAACACUGGACGACAAAGAAGAGUUGCGGAGUAUCCUGCAGAGCCAACCGCAGUCGUCAGUUUCGCCGCCUCAGCUUCCUCCAGCAGAACAUCGCCCCGCUUCUCCCAGUAAUACGCCUUCUCUUCAGUCCAAAGCAGGAAUCUUCCAUAAGCCCAAUGGACUUGUUGGACUGCUAGACUUAGACCGAGGUGGGGUUGUGAGAACCCCCUGUGGACAGAUUGACGCCGACCGCCCAUGUAACAUUCGCUCACUGACUUUCCCCAAGCUUUCAGACCCCGGAGACUCCCCCUCGGAACUGCCUCUCAGCAUUUACCCAGCAGCCCAACCACGCAGCUUAUCCAACGGCACGCCACCGUCCCUGCAGAGAACAGCGUCAAAUUCCAACACAACACUCCCACAAGAGCAACCUGUCUUCCCUCAGAAUGGGACACAGAAGCAGUCAAACCCCAUAACAGCGACUAACCAUCCGCCUCCUGCCACGAUCCUACAGAGUCUCUCUCCCAGCGAACGACAGUGUGUGGAGACGAUUGUGGGCAUGGGUUAUUCCUACGAGGGUGUUCUUAAAGCCAUGCAGAGACAAGGACAGAAUGUGGAACAGGUGCUGGAAUACCUAUUUACUUACACUCGACUGUGCGAUCGAGGUUUUGAUGCGACUGCUGUGGAGGAGUGCUUGGAGAUGUACCAGGGCUCAGAGGAAAAGGCUUUGGAGUUUCUGCAGCUGAUGUCUCGGUUUGGGGAAAUGGGCUUUGAGAGGGACACUAUUAAAGAGGUACUGCUUGUGCACAAUAACGACCAGGACAAGGCGCUGGAGGAUCUGAUGGCCCGAGCGGCUGCGAGCUGAGCCCCAAGAGUCUCCCCUCCUGGAGCCAGCCCACCUUUGGUUUUCAUAGGGGUCUUGGCUGUGGAAGGAUGGGAUUCUCUUAUCUUUAAGACAAGAUUGAUUUUGUACCCUAAUAAAGAUAUACCUCUUGGGGUAGGGAUUGACAGCACCACCAAGCAGUGCGUUCAUCCCUCCUCAGCUGUAUGUCUGUUAAGUGAUCUUAGAAUGGUGAUGAGUGGGAGGAGCCGAAUCCUCUUCCGAGAUCGGUAUUGGCUUAGUGUCUCUUUUGCCAUGGUGGCAGGCUAGAAUGGGCAGUGCUGGUGAAACAAAACUGAGUGGAGCCCCACUGACAGAAUAUGGACUCGGAGUGACACUCGAAGCUAUUACGCUGCCAUCUCCCGCUGCUGGACGCAGGCUUUCGAAAGUGAAACCUGAACACUCAUAAACACAACCCAUGGCAGAACAGAGACCCCACAGAAGUGCCCUCUCUCUAUUCUGUCUCUGCUGUUUGUUUGUUCAUACGUUGUUUAUAUGUUUUGACAGGCGGAAACACUUUCUUUCUUCAUUUGUUCUUUUUUGGAAUCGUGUUUCUUUGCUCUUUGAUUAGGAACUGCUUUAACAGAACUAAUCAUCGUUACAUAAGUUCACAGAAAAAAAAAAACCUGCAGUAAACUUUUGCCCAGUUGGCUUUUGCACUGGAAUGAAUGCAUUUGGCAAGAGAAAUUGGCAAGUUCGGCUGGAGCUGCAAAAUUUAAUCGAUGCCGCCAUAUUUCCAAACAGUUGACAUGCAAAUACUGCACAGGCACACUGAAUCACAGAUGUUAAUAUAAACAUAUUUAAAGAUCUGUAAAGAUACACUGUCGGUUUCCAUCUGUAAUAAAGAGAUUGAGAAAAUUAACAUACAAUAAUGAGGUUAACACAUUAAUAUGAGUUUUAUUCUGAAAUCUAUUGAAGAAGCAGAUGGCUGUAUAGAUGCAUGGACUCAAAAGUUUGGGGUCAGUAUGUUGUUGUUGUUUUUUUUUAAUAAACUAAAACUUAUUUAGCAAGGAUGCAUUUUAAUUGAUCAAAAGUGACAGUUAAAACUUUUUACAAUGUUAGAAAUGAUUUCUGGCUCCAUUUAAAAAAAAAAAGUAUAUUUAUCAAAGGAUCCUGAAAAAACAAAAAUAUUAAGUAAUUAUUAGAAAUGUUUCUUGAGCAGCAAUCAGCAUAUUACAGUGAUUUCUUCAUGAUUAUGUGACACUCAAGACUGGAGUAAUGACUGAAAAUUUAGCUUUGCAUCACAAAAAUAAAUUACUAUUACUAAUCUUGCUAUAUAUUAAAAUACAAAACCAUUCUAUUACAUUGUAAUUAAUAUUACUGUUUUUACUGUAUUUUUGAUCACAUAAAUGCAGCCUUGGUGAGCAUUUAAGACUUCUUUUUAGAAAACAUACCAACCCCAAAUCUUUGAAUGGUUGUGUUCAUGAUAGUUGUGCAAUAGAAUGAUCUUAAGGUGAGACUGUGAAUGCUUGUGGCACAUUAGAAACUGUUUGAAUGGCCUUUUAGAGCUUUGGUCACCAGAGGAAACCUUUAGGUCAGUUCAAACAUGUCCACAUUACCUCAUAAGGGAUUGACCAACUUGCUCAAUUUAAGAGAUACUGGCUCCCUCCUCAGAGGAAUGCAGGAGAACAAGCAGAACUCUGUAGUAUAGGAACUUUACUGAUCUAACAAAUUAACAUAACUGACUUCAGUUGAACCUUUUGGCUCAAAUGUAAGUCCAACAUCUAAGCGCAUACUUUUUGAUACUGACUUUUGACCUCUGAUUAUCCAGGCCAGGUCAUAUUCCACAUUAAAAUGCUAAGAAAUUAUUUUAUUGUAGAUUUUUUGUGCAUUUUCACAUUAUUUUCUUAAAAAAUUAAAUUCAAGUUUAUUUUUAUUUAAUGAAUUUUUGCAACAAAUUAAUAUUUCUGUAUUAUUGCAGUAAUUUUGCUUUUAUUUUAAAGCUAUAUAUAUAUAUAUAUAUAGACCUGCAUAUGUUCUUGGUUUUUUUUUUUUUUUUUUUUUUUUUUAUUAUUAUUAUUAUUAUUAUUAUUAUUAUUAUUAUUAUUGUAUAUUUUAAUGCCCCAGCAGCUAGAGACCCUCAUCUGACAGCGGCCUCUAUAUAUAAAAGGCUUUAAGACCUAUUAAGCACUUUCCUCUGAGAAUGGGAGAAAUUUUAAGAAUCACAUAUGACGAGAUGUCCCUUGGUCCAGGGAGCACAUAGAGGUACUUGCUAGCUCAUCUGGCCAUUCAUGAAUAAAUGUUUCACUAUUUACCAGCCAAAUGUGAAUUUUUAUUUUGUUUUUUAUUUUUUGUUUUCUUAAUUUUCACAAUUAUAGGUACAAAAACAGCCUCUUAAGCUCACUUUCCAUGUGCAAUAUGUUUUCAUCAGUGUUGCGUCAAAUAAUCUCAUUUAAACUGUAAUGGUUGAUGUGAGUGGAUCUCAGGGUCAACCUGAAAUCGAAAGAAAAAAACAAGAAAUUAAAGUUGCAUUAAAAAAUUGAUUUUUUUUGUUACCUUAAACCGUACUCUGUAUAUAUAGUUGAAGUCGAAAGUUUACACAUACCUCGCAGAAUCUGCAAAAUGUUAAUUAUUUUACCAAAUUAAGAGGGAUCAUACAAAAUGCAUGUUUUUUUUUUCCAGUGCUGACCUAAAUAAGAUAUUUCACAGAAAAGAUGUUUACAUAUAGUCCACAAGAGAAAAAAGGACAAUUUAUAUAAAAAAAUGACCCUGUUCAAAAGUUUACAUACACUUGUUUCUUAAUGCUGUGUUGUUACCUAAAUGAUCGACACCUAAAGGAAACACGAUGCAUUAAGAGGGUGAAAACUUUUGAUCAGAAUGAAGAUGUGUACAUUUUUCUUAUUUUGCCUAAAUAUUAUAUUUUUUCAUUUAGUACUACCCUUCAGAAGCUACAGAAGAUACUUACAUGUUUCCCAGAAGACAAAUAAGUUAAAAUUACCCUGAUCUUCAAAUUCAAAACGUUUUCACCCCCCGGCUCUUAAUGCAGCGUGUUUCCUUCUGAAGCAUCAGUGAGCGUUUGAACCUUUCUGUAAUAGUUGCAUAUGAGUCCCUCAGUUGUCCACAGUGUGAAAAGGUGGAUCUCAAAAUCAUACAGUCACUGUUGGAAAGGGUUUGAAUGCACAAAAAUGCUGAAUAACCAAAGAAUUUGUGGGACCCGAAGGAUUUUUCUGAAGAACAGCGGGCAGUUUAACUGUUCAGGAUAAACAAGGGACUCAUGAACAGCUAUCACUAAACAAAUAAACACAGCUGUGGAUCAUUCAACAUGGUAUUAAGAAUUAAGUUUAUGUAAACUUUUGAACGGGGUCAAAUUUUCUCUUUUUAUUUUCUCUUGUAAACAACUUUCAUGUGAAAUAUCUUAUUCAGGUCAGUACUAAAUAAAAAAAUAUGUACGUAUACAUUUGUCUUUAACUGUAUAUACAGUUUAAGGUAACCACAAAAAUCACAAUUACAUUCAUAUUAUAUAAAAACAUAAAUAUAGUGAGUGAAAAUGGAUGAAAUAUGAAACAACAAAGUUAAUGGCCCUAAAUUUGUCUCGAUGCAAAAUCUAUUUUUUCUUUUUCUUUCAAGAGGUUUAAGGACUGAUUAUUCAAAAGAACUAACAUGGUGUACAGGGUUCUUACUCGUGUACUUUUUGUAAUAGCUUCUCUCAGUCUUGGCUGACCAGGCUGGAAAAGGCUGAAAAGAAUACAACACUGCUGGCUGUAUCACAAAAAGAGCAUUCUGGCCUGGAGCGAGCUGGCGUUUAAAUGCAGAUCUUUUGUUCUAAGUGUAAAUGGGGAAACGUCCUGAUGUACAACUAGAGAACCUGAUGGACAGCUAGAGCAGAUAGUGGAGAUCUGUCACUCUUAAAUGUGAUUUCAAAUGUUCAGUCGUCUAUAAAAUCGGCACUUAAAUGUGAUUAAACUGAUUCUUCUUUUAAAAGAGUGUGGCUGUCACUGAUGUUUAUGAUGCAUAGAUAUUGUCUAGGAGCAGCAAAAAAAAAAGACCCACCUGAACUGUGAGAGACUCUUGCUGGUCGCCACCAUGAUGAAACUUCCAGUGGAACAGAAGGUCGGCAGGAAUAAAGAGCACAGGUUAAAGGAAAUUCACACAGUGCAUGUUGAAUGAGGCUGUUAAACGGCUUAUUGUGUGUCAGACAAAAUAAACCUUUGUGCAUCAGCAGAUGGCAUUGUUGAAACUG